AGAUGGUGGUCAAACAGGCAACACCUGUGCCUAGAAAGCGGGUAUCAUCCGUGGUUGAGCUUAAAGGAGUUAAAACCAUAGAGUACUUUAUUGCUAGAAAGGUUGGAAGGCGAGGGAAGAGUAGAAGGCAGUCGAGUUUCCUUUUGAAAAAGCACCUUUGGGACAGCCGAACUUCCUCUUCCGGAUGACUGAUGGGAGGAAGUUGGUGUGCAGAGCGGCUUUUGUGCUGUUUCCAUGGCGGAAGCAGCAGCUGGCAGGCAAACAGGAUGGCAAUAAGAGCACUCUGGACAACUGUAAAUAACAAGCAAAGUUGAAAAGGGAAGGAAAUCAAGCCAGAAAUCAAAAUAUUUUCCUUUUCCUUCAGAAAACCAUACAAUUCUGCUUCUCCUCCAGCAGCUGUUAGACAAAAGAGAGAAAAUCAAAAAAGAAUAAGCAGAUUAUGCAGAACUGAAGGAUACAUUACAUGAAAAGUGAAGAGAGAUUAUCAUUCAGCAAAAGAGGGAAAUAUCUGGAAGUCAGUGGGGAGGAAACUGUCAAUAGUAAAGUCACGCAGAACAGACAGGAAUACAGGCUUCUCCCUGUGAAGAAGAAAAUGGCUUGAAUGAUAGCACCGCUAAACAAGGCAUUGUCCAUAUUUGUUUACCUCCUCAAGAAUAUCAGCUGUGGAAAAGCUUCAUAGAUUUGCCUAUUGUGGAAAAAGCACUGAUUGCAAAUAACAGCUGAUUAUGCACAAGAGGAGCCAGAAAGGAGAAAAGCCAUACAAAUUACCUGAUUGUGGGAAAAACUAUGCUUUAGUGAGCAUGGCAAUAUGUUGCUACAUCAGAUAACUCACAGGAGGGAGAAAACAUAUGACUGUGGAGAUUCUGUGAAAGUUUCAUGAGAAAUUCCCAGGUCAUGACACGCUAAAGGACACACACACAGGAAUAUAACCAUUUGAACGUCCUUUCUGCGGGAAAUGUUUCAGUGAGAAUUCCAUCCUUGUGAAGCACCCGAGGACUCACACAACAGUGAAACCCUUUGAAUGUCCUGAUUGUGGAAAAAGUUUCAAUCACAAUUUCAGUCUGAUGUGUCAGUAGAUUGACUCCACAAAGAAACUAUAUGAAUGUCUAGAUUGUGGGGAAAUGUUCAUUACAAUUUUCCAUCUCAUGAGACACCAGAGAACUCACUCGGAAGAGAAGCCCUUUGAAUGUCCUGAUUAUGGGACAGUCACAAUUCCAGCCUAGGAUUAAACCAGAAGACUCACAUAGGAGAGAAAUGCUUUGAAUGUCCUGAUUGUUGGGAAACUUUCAGUUAUAAUUCCAAUUUGGUGAUACAUCAAAGGACUCGUAAAGGAGAAAAACCUGUACAAUGUCCUGACUGUGGGAGAAGUUUCAGUUGUAAUUCACGCCUGAUUCCAUGGAGAAAUCUCAUGAGUGUCGAGAUUGUGGGAAAGGUUUCAUUAGAAAUUCCCACCUCCUGAGACACAAGACCACGCACACAGGAGAGAAACCCACUGAAUGUCCUGACUGUGGGAAAAGCUUUAGUGAUAAUUCCAGCCUGGUGAAACACCAAAGGAUUCACACAGGAGAGAAACCCUUUGAAUGUCUUGACUGUGGGAAACGUUACAGUCAGAAUUCCCACCUGGUGAUACACCAGAGGACUCACACAGGAGAGAAACCCUUUGAAUGUCCUAUCUGUGGGAAAAGCUUUAGUGAUAAUUCCAAUCUGCUGACACACCAGAGGAUUCACACAGGAGAGAAACCCUUUGAAUGUCCUGACUGUGGGAAACGUUACAGUCAGAAUUCUCACCUGGUAACACACCAGAGGACUCACACAGGAGAAAAACCCUUUGAAUGUCCUAUCUGUGGGAAAAGCUUUAGUGAUAAUUCCAAUUUGCUGACACACCAGAGGACUCACACAGGAGAGAAACCCUUUGAAUGUCCUGACUGUGGGAAACGUUACAGUCAGAAUUCCCACCUGGUGAUACACCAGUGGACUCACACAGGAGAGAAACCCUUUGAAUGUUCUAUCUGUGGGAAAAGCUGUAGUGAUAAUUCCAAUCUGCUGACACACCAGAGGACUCACACAGGAGAGAAACCCUUUGAAUGUCUUGACUGUGGGAAACGUUACAGUCAGAAUUCCCACCUGGUGAUACACCAGAGGACUCACACAGGAGAGAAACCCUUUGGAUGUCCUAUCUGUGGGAAAAGUUUUAGUAAUAAUUCUAGCCUUGUGAAACACCAGAGGAUUCACACAGGAGAGAAACCCUUUGAAUGUCCUGAUUGUGGGAGAUGUUUCAGUCGCAAUUACACGCUGGUGACACACCAGAGGACUCACACAGGAGAGAAACCGUUUGAAUGUCCUGAUUGUGGGAAAAGUUUUAGUCACAGUUCCAGUCUGGUGACACACCAGAGGAUUCACACAGGAGAGAAACCCUUUGAAUGUCCUGUCUGUAGGAAAGGUUUUUGUGAUCAUUCCAGCCUGAUGAGACACCAGAGGACUCACACAGGAGAGAAACUCUUUGAAUGUCCUAUCUGUGGGAAAAGCUUUAGUGAUCAUUCCAAUCUGCUGACACACCAGAGGACUCACACAGGAGAAAAACCCUUUGAAUGUCCUAUCUGUGGGAAAAGCUUUAGUGAUAAUUCCAAUUUGCUGACACACCAGACAACUCACACAGGAGAGAAACCCUUUGAAUGUCCUGACUGUGGGAAACGUUACAGUCAGAAUUCCCACCUGGUGAUACACCAGUGGACUCACACAGGAGAGAAACCCUUUGAAUGUUCUAUCUGUGGGAAAAGCUUUAGUGAUAAUUCCAAUCUGCUGACACACCAGAGGACUCACACAGGAGAGAAACCCUUUGAAUGUCCUGACUGUGGGAAACGUUACAGUCAGAAUUCCCACCUGGUGAUACACCAGAGGACUCACACAGGAGAGAAACCCUUUGAAUGUCCUAUCUGUGGGAAAAGUUGUAGUAAUAAUUCUAGCCUUGUGAAACACCAGAGGACUCACACAGGAGAGAAACCCUUCGAAUGUCCUGAUUGUGGGAGAUGUUUCAGUCGCAAUUACACGCUGGUGACACACCAGAGGACUCACACAGGAGAGAAACCGUUUGAAUGUCCUGAUUGUGGGAAAAGUUUUAGUCACAGUUCCAGCCUGGUGACACACCAGAGGAUUCACACAGGAGAGAAACCCUUUAAAUGUCCUGUCUGUAGGAAACGUUUUUGUGAUCAUUCCAGCCUGAUGAGACACCAGAGGACUCACACAGGAGAGAAACCCUUUGAAUGUCCUGACUGUGGGAAACGUUACAGUCAGAAUUCCCACCUGGUGAAACACCAGAGGAUUCACACAGGAGAGAAACCCUUUGAGUGUCCUGACUGUGGGAAAAGUUUCAGUCAGAAUUCCCACCUAGUGAUACACCAGAGGACUCACACCGUGGAGAAAUCUUUGAAAUGUCCUCCAGAAGUUAAAACUGUUUUAAUCAGCUGAGAAACAGUUUGGACACAACUUGGAUGGACUGCCCAAGAACCUAUGCGAAGUCUGUCCACAAGCAGCUGCAAAAAAAGUCAGGCAGCAGUGCAACAGGUGUCAGGGUGUGGGAGGCCUGGCUGCGAUGGUCCUAAGGAAAGCGGGUAAGAUAUGCCCCGAAACUAAAACCUGGUUCUUAUUUUGGGGCCCAAAAGAAAAUAAAACUGGGUCUUAUUUUCGGAGAAAUACAGGGUAUGUAUAUAUGUAUAAUCUAUCUCCAGCACUUCCGGGUAUAUAUGAUGAUAACUCUUUGCAAUUCUAUGAACCCAUGAUUGACCCAGGUCAACAAAUAAAUAUCAUAACUGAAUGGGUAUUUGACAUGUCUAUAGAAAAUGUAAAUAAUUAAUGUAAGAGGUUAAGUUAGCAUUUUGGCAUCUUUGUCUUUUAUUGUAUUGUAUGCCUUUGGAUCUGUUUUUUUAAAAAUAUUGUGCAGCCAUUUUAUAAACCAUAAUUAAACUAACCCUUUUAUGUGAAUCUUACAGGCAAAAAGAAUGCCAAAGGGAGCACUGUGGAGAACUGAAUCACAAGCAGAGCCGCUUAUUGGCCCUGGGCGCCCGAGAGAAGUACCAGCUGGCCAUUUCGAAAGGGGCGGGAGCAGUUUAUGCAGUGGGCAAGCCGCGGGACACAGUCUGAACCUCCUCGGUUGUGGUGCUUCCCCUGAUAAUUCCAGCCUGGUGAAACACCAGAGAACUCACACAGGAGAGAAACCCUUUGAAUGUCUUGACUCUGGGAGAUGUUUCAGUCACAAUUACACACUGGUAACACACCAGUGGACUCACACAGGAGAGAAACCCUUUGAAUGACUUAUCUGUGGGAAAGGUUUUUGCGAUAAUUCCAACCUGGAGAGACACAAGAGGACUCACACAGGGGAGAAAACUUUCAAAUGUUCAAUCUGUAGAUGUUACUUCAGACAUAAAUCAUCACUUAUUGCACACUACGAAAUACAUAUGAGGCAAAAGUAGAUGAGUUUAGAGAAGGCUUUUCCUUUGUAAUCUCCCAUUGAAAGUGUGGGUGAGAAAUUGACUAAUUGAAUUCUGGCCUGAUUCUUUUUACUCAAAACAUAUCUCAGGAUUAGAUUUAUAGAUAGAGAGAAAAGGGAAAUGGAAAAAGGCUCACUUUUUUGGUUAUCAGCAGAACGUUUUGUUUCUGGUUAUUGGCAGCAGUUUCUGGAUAUUUCCUUUUGUAGAAGUAGUGAAAUUCCUCAUGGCUUCUGGAUGAUAGUUUUGAAGAUUGAUUAUGUAACUCCCAUAUGUGGAGUUUCAGCCUUCUACCUUGGUUUCCUCUAGAUUUUUAGUCCCAGAAUUCCCCAGCCAACAUAUAAAUAGUCCUCAAGAUACAACUGUCAUGGCCUUGCAAUUAUGGUUGCAUGUUGCCACGGCUGUUAAGUGAGAUUGCUUUUCUUAACUACCCGAAUCAUUUCUUACUCCCACUGGGUCCCUGCAGUCCUUAGGUCUGACUCCCACCCCACCAGGCCUCACAUCCUCCUCCUCCUCAUCUGUUAAAGAUCUCUGAUCCUCAUGUCGGGGAAGGAUGGGAGGACACGUAUCCCUGGGCCUCAUAACUGUCCUGGAAGCAGCCACUAUUUUCAGUGGGCCCCUGAUUCAUCCCUGGGCCAUGGGAUGGACUUGUGGAAGUGGCUGCCAUUUUGCCACACUGUCCACACUGUCGCGCAGAAGAGGGACAAGCCUCUGUUUGCUACCUUAACAUGAGGAAAAACAUGUACAGUUGAAAAUCUUUCAUUUUUAAAAAUGCAUCAUGUUAGAAGUAUCAGUAGCUUUUGACAAGGGAAAAAAUGGGUUUGUCAGUGUUGCUAUGAACAUUAGGGCAAGGCAAGAAGCUCAGAGUUGCCUCAAACUGCAAGAUGGACAGUGAUUAAAUUUAAUAAUAAAUGAAUUUAAUAAUAAAAAGGUAACGUAAAAUUCAUUUCCCAGCUCCUGCUGAGUGAUGUGGAUUCCACAGAUACAGUGGAUUUCUAAUACACUACAAUUGUUAACUUGUAUUUUUCUUUAAAAAAAUAGGUCAGGAUUUCUUUGAAGUUUUCCAAAUAAUCCCUACAAGUAAAGAGAGGAACAUUAUUUGGAGCAAUGAACAGAUAUUUAAGCUAUGCAAAUGAAUGAUCCUGAUUUUGCUGACUUUAGGCGUCACCAAAGAAUAGCAAGUUUGUUCAUUUCACUAACACAAUUCAGAGGACUGGUUCCAAUUUUUUUUCUAGUGGAUCAUACUGUUGGUAGGUAGUGCAGGCUGUCUGUGGGUAUAUUGACCCUGUAAAGUACAGUAUGCUACACAGGAAGUGCUUUGCAUGGCAUCUUGAGUUCCUGAAUGAAAAGGAAAUCAAUAAAAUAUACCUUGCGGUUCAUUUA